GUAGAUUUGAAGUUUCGCCAUUUUAAAGAGCCAGAGUCGAUUCUAUACGGAUUCUAAAUGUGUUCCAUUGGAAGCUUUAUAAAAGAUAAGCCAAUAAUUUACGAGUAAAUUAAACUCCGGUGGAGUUUGUGAAUGAGUCAGUGCUGGACAUCAGAUUCUGGUUCAUCAUGGAUGACACACUAACAUCCACAGAUGAAGAUUUGUCUCCAGGAUGCAGUUCGGUUGAUCAGAAGAGAUCAGAAGCAGAGUCCAGCUGUGUGUCUCUGAGGAGUGAUGUGUCUAUGGAACGUCCAGUGCAUUUUAAGAGUGGAGAUACACAGACUGAUCUCAGUUCAGUUCAUCAGAAGAGAUCAGAGUCCAGCUGUGUUUCUAUGAGGAGUGACACAUCAUUAGAUUAUAAGAGUGAAGAAACAAAGACUGAUCCCAGUCAUGAAGUCCUGAACACGUUCAGAUCAAAUCUGCUGAAGAAGUUUGAGCGUCUUUAUGAGGGUACAGCGACACAGGGAAACACAACACUCCUGAAUGAGAUCUACACAGAGCUCUACAUCACAGAGAGUGAGAGUGGAGAGAUCAGUAAUGAGCAUGAGGUGAGACAGAUCGAGACACAAUCCAGGAGAGAAGCAACCGAGGACACAGCCAUCAAAUGCAGUGACAUCUUUAGACCUUUACCUGGACAAGACAAAGCCAUCAGAACUGUGCUGACAAAGGGAGUCGCUGGCAUCGGAAAAACAGUCUCUGUGCAGAAGCUGAUCCUGGACUGGGCUGAAGGGAAAGAGAAUCAGGACGUCCAGCUCAUAUUUCCACUUCCUUUCAGAGAAAUCAAUCUGAUGAAGGACACAACACUCAGUCUUUCAGAUCUUCUUCAUGUCUUUUUCCCUGAAACUAAAGAAAUGGAAAUAUCCAGUGAUGAAUAUAAAGUGUUGUUCAUCUUUGAUGGUCUGGAUGAGUGUCGUCUGUCUCUGGACUUUAAGAGUAAAGUGAAACUGUGUAAUAUAUCUGAAUCAGCCUCAGUGGACGAGCUGCUGAUGAACCUCAUUGUUGGGAAUCUGCUUCCCUCUGCUCUCAUCUGGAUCACCUCCAGACCAGCAGCAGCUGAUCUCGUCCCCUCUAGGUGUAUACAUCGAGUUACAGAGGUACGAGGCUUCAAUGAGCCACAGAAGGAGGAAUACUUCAGGAAGAGAAUCAGUGAUCAGAGUCUGGCCGACAGGAUCAUCUCACACCUGAAGUCCUCAAGGAGCCUCUACAUCAUGUGCCACAUCCCAGUGUUCUGCUGGAUCUCAGCCGCUGUUCUGGAGAAGAUGUUGAGUCGAGCAGAGAGUGGAGAGAUUCCCAAGACUCUCACUCAGAUGUACACACGCUUCCUGAUCCUUCAGACCGACAUCAAACAUGAGAAGGACUAUGAGAAGAAGGUGACAGAUGAAGACAUGAUCCUCAAACUGGGGAAAAUGGCUUUUGAGCAGCUUGUGAAAGGAAACCUGAUCUUCUACGAGGAAGACCUGAGAGAGUGUGGCAUUGAUGUGACAGAAGCAUCAGUGUACUCAGGAUUGUGCACUCAGAUCUUCAGAGAGGAGUUGGGCUUGUAUCAGGGGAAAGUCUUCAGCUUUGUUCAUCUGAGCAUUCAGGAACAUCUAGCAGCUCUAUAUGCACACCUCUCCUGGACAAACAACAACAGAAAUGUGUUGAAGCCAAUCACCAAACAGGCUAAAGUAAAGGACUCAAUUCGACUUUCAUUAUCUGUGCUGCAUCAGAGAGCUGUGAAUGAGGCUCUAAAGAGUAAAAAUGGACAUCUGGAUCUUUUCCUGCGGUUCCUUCUGGGUUUGUCAGUGGAGUCUCAUCAGAUUCUCCUGCAAAAAAUAAUGAAGCUGAAAAGAAUCAGCUCUGACAGCAAUGAGAAAACAGUUGAGUACAUCAAGAUAAAGAUCAGGUUCAUUAACUCUCCAGAGAAAUCCAUCAAUCUGUUCCACUGUCUGAAUGAACUGGGUGAUCAUUCACUAGUGAAGGAAAUACAACAGUAUCUGAAAUCUGGAACAAUAAAGGAGGCCAAACUCUCUUCAUCUCAGUGGUCAGCUGUAGGUUUUGUAUUGCUGACAUCAGAGGAAAAGCUGGACGUGUUUGAUAUUAAUGAAUUUGUAGGAGAAAACAAUAAAGCUGAAAAACUGAAUGUUCUUCAGUAUCUGCUGCCUGUGAUUAAAGUUCAUUUGAUUCAUUGUGGCAUCACAGAUAAAGAUUGUGCUGCUCUGACUCCAGUUCUGAGAUCAAACCCUUCACAGAUGAGAAAUCUGGAUCUGUCUAAUAAAACAAUCAGAGAUUCAGGAGUGAAGCUUCUCUCUGUUGUACUGGAGGAUCCUCAAUGUAAACUGGAGACACUGAGGUUGAGUGAUUGUGGUGUCACAGAUGAAGGUUGUGCUGCUCUGUGUUCAGCUCUGAGAUCAAACCCCUCACACCUGACACUUCUGGAUCUGUCUGGGAAUAAUUUAGAAGACUCUGGAGUCACACUGCUGUCUGCUGUACUGGAGGAUCCUCUCUGUAAACUGGAGAAACUGGGGUUGAGUGAUUGUGGUGUCACAGAUGAAGGUUGUGCUGCUCUGUCUUCAGCUCUGAGAUCAAACCCCUCACACCUGAGAGAACUGUAUCUGUCUCUGAAUAAACUAGAAGACUCUGGAGUCACACUGCUGUCUGCUGUACUGGAGGAUCCUCGCUGUAAACUGGAGACACUGGGGUUGAGUGAUUGUGGUGUCACAGAUGAAGGUUGUGCUGCUCUGUGUUCAGCUCUGAGAUCAAACCCCUCACACCUGACACUUCUGGAUCUGUCUAAGAAUAAACUAGAAGACUCUGGAGUCACACUGCUGUCUGCUGUACUGGAGGAUCCUCGCUGUAAACUGCAGAUACUGGGGUUGUAUAAAUGUGGUGUCACAGAUGAAGGUUGUGCUGCUCUGUCUUCAGCUCUGAGAUCAAACCCCUCACACCUGAGAGAACUGUAUCUGUCUGAGAAUAAACUAGAAGACUCUGGAGUGACACUGCUGUCUGCUGUACUGGAGGAUCCUCGCUGUAAACUGGAGAAACUGUGGUUGAGUAAGUGUGGUGUCACAGAUGAAGGUUGUGCUGCUCUGUGUUCAGCUCUGAGAUCAAACCCCUCACACCUGAGAGAACUGAGUCUGUCUCUGAAUAAACUAGAAGACUCUGGAGUCACACUGCUGUCUGCUGUACUGGAGGAUCCUCACUGUAAACUGGAGAAACUGCGGUAAGAUCAUCUCUCUGAUAGUCAUGUGUCUUUGUCCUUUAAAAUACAUUUAAGACUAAAAUCAGCUUGUAAAAUAAAUGUUCAGUAAACACAUUAAAUCUCAGCACAAAUGUCUGAAGAAGUUCAUUUCAUUCAUCUUCAUCACAUCACAUGACCUGCUGCUCCUGUUUUUGACCCUCCAAACAUUUACUGGAUCUUCAGUUGUUUCUGCUAGCUUCAGAUGAACAUUAAUGUGUAAAAUAAUGAG